CUUUCUCCCAGCCAUGUUAAACAGAUUAAAGAGGAUUCACUUGUGUAAAGACUCAAGCAAAAGCUCUGCUGUUUAUUUUUGGAUCUUCCGAGAAUAACACAACUACAGCCACAGUGCUUAGAACUGCACAGGGAUCUAAAUGAAGUAAGUUACCUUUGCCUUGUGGGACAGAGUUUUGUAGUAGAGCAGCCAGUCAGUCAGAGGCUUAGUAGGUCAGCUCAGUGUUGUCUCUGCCCUCUGCACCACUGGGCUGGGAUCACACUUUCAUCUACUGAGCUGAGACUUGUUGGACACAGAGGCUCCCUGCACAACUCCACCAUGUCUCUCAGGCUGCUGCCUGCUUUCGUUGUGGAUAACGACGACGAUGAUGAUGGUAACUUCACAAAAUGGAUGAGUAGUUACUGGGGUCACGGAGCAGAAGGUGGACACUCCAGGGACAGGAAGCGCAGUUUCAGAAGAGCCACAAAAACACAAGGGGACCGAAGAGCAUCACUCCCAACUGUGUCACAAUUAGACGCCAUGAAGCUGAACAGGCUGCACACAGCGACAAUGGCUCCCAGCCCGAGCCACAUCAAAACCAGGGAGGAGAAGGGGGAGGUGAGGCCCCACCAGAGAGCUCGCCGUGCCUCCUCAGAUGAAAACAGCCGCUCCAAGUCGGGCAUCCCGGAGAACCGCAUCACCACCAUCCCAGAGCUCACAGAGUCAUUCGAGAAGAGACUCUUUCUCCGGGAUAAGAGGACCAUGUCUCUGAUUGAGGACGACAAGUUGUGCCUGAUCUGUCACGAGGACAUGAAGAAGAACGGAGGAGUUCAAGAGCUGCACUGUACACACCGCUUCCACAAAGAGGCGGCUCGGAGGUCAGAGCAGUGUCGGCCCAGCAGCGGCAGUGAAACAGCAGCGGGUCAGGUGAGGAGACUCUCGGAUGAGAGGAGGAAGUCGGCAGACGGGCCGAUCUGCAUGGAGAAGGAGCAGCACACACUCCGUCGUCAACUUUCCCUGCGGAGACAUCGCUGAUA